AUGGCUCUGUGUGUGCAGGUGACCCAGCUGGUGGAGUUCCUGAUUGAGCACGCGAGGGAACUCUUGGAGGAGGAGGUGCCUGGGCUUGCCAGGGCCCCGGGUGACGGAUCACCAGCGCUGCAGCUGGAAGCAGAAGCAGCAGAGGUGCCUCCAGUUGCUGCACACACCAAACACCCAAAGACCUCGUGCCAGGAGAGAAGGUUACCAGGCUCCUCGCAAGCAAGCCGAAAGAGAAAACCCGCCUGUGAGGAAGGCAGUAACGGGCAACCAGAGCGAAAGCACAGAAGGUUGGAAAGAGAGGUCUCCUGGACGGGCAGCCUCGGAAAUCCAAGCAGGAGCCCAUUUAACUUUUCUGCUUGGAUUCCCUGCAUCAACUCUGGCGCCUGGGCUUCCAGUACCACCUCAGUGGAGGCAAGGAGAGAGGCGCCCAUGUCCUCCUGCUCUGUCCAGCCGAUUUCCCUCCUGCAGCCUGUCAUCAUUUUUUCUGCACCGGCCACUAAAGAAAACACCAGAGGCUCUCUUCAACCUCUGUCCCUUCUGAGAAGGAGGCAGAGAAAGGAAGAGAAAAGAGAGCAAGAGAGACGUAACAGCUCGAAAAGGAAAUAA